UCCUCUGUCAAUAUGCUUGUUUCCCUCUAAGCUUCUUAUCCAGAACAGAACAAUGUUUGGGGAAAAGCUAUAACUUGACUUUAAUCUCAUUCGUUCUUUUUUCAGCCAUUUUGAGGAGAGGGUCAAGAGCAAUCCUCCAGGCCCUUCUCCGUUACAAUUUGGUGAAUUGAACGUGAAGCAGUAAUAUUUAUAAUUAUUUGUUUUACAAUAUCUAAUACAUUUAAGAGUAGAGAUCAAGCAUGGCGGGAAAUAAUCGUAAGAGGAAUUUCACCAUUAUUGGUGUAUGUUCAUUAAUCUUGGUGGCUAUGGUAGUUGCAGUAGUCGUAACGAUGAAUUGGAAUGAUAAAGAGGCUGAGGCUAAAGAUGUAACGAGUACGAAAAAAGCUAUUGAAUCCAUAUGCCAGACUACACAGUAUCAAACUACAUGUGUUGAGAGCCUUGAGGCAACGGGUGAAUGCUCCUCAGAUCCCAAAGACCUUAUCCAAAUGUCAUUUCAGGUGACAAUUAAGAAAAUUAAGGAAGCAAUUGACAAUUCAACAUUCAUGCAAAAGCUUGAGAAGGAUCCAAGAGCAAAAAUGGCCCUGGAGAACUGUGAGAUGCUAGCGUUGCAAGCCAUUAAUGAUCUCAAUAGAACACACCUCAAAUUCGAAAGUUUUGAGUUCAAUGACCUGAGUCAUUGGAUUGCUGAUUUGAAGAUUUGGUUGAGUGGUGCAAUUACAUAUCAAGAAACUUGCUUGGAUGGCUUUGAGGACACUACCGGAGAGGCGGGGGAGAAAAUGAAAAAGGCACUGAAUGUUUCUAUGCAGCUAACUAGCAAUGCCCUUUCAAUGAUCACCGAGAUUUCUGAUGUCUUCACAAGCCUCAACGCUGGCUCCAAUCGUCGUCGUCUCCUUUUCGAUGAUACCCCUGUUUUGGGUCAUGGAAUUGAGUUGUUACCUGAUUGGAUUGAUGUGGGAAGGCGCAGACUUCUUACUGUUAACAUGUCUAACGAAAUCAAACCCGAUGUGGUUGUUGCCAAGGAUGGAUCAGGCAAAUACAAGUUUAUAAAUGACGCUCUCAAACACAUCCCAGAGCAUAGAAACCAGACUUAUGUUCUGUACAUCAAAGAGGGUGUUUAUAAUGAGAAAGUGGAGAUUCUUAGCACCAUGUCGAAUUUGGUGAUCAUUGGGGAUGGUCCGACCAAGACCAGAAUCACCGGAAACCAAAGCUUCAAAGAUGGCAUUCCAACUUAUCAAACUUCAACUGUUGCUAUAAUGGGAGAUUAUUUCGUUGCUAAGGACAUUGGUUUCGAGAACACAGCUGGUCCAGAUAAACACCAGGCCUUAGCUUUGAGAGUGGCAGCAGAUAAAUCAAUCUUCUACAAUUGCCAUGUGGACGGUUACCAAGACACUCUCUGUGCCCACACCUAUAGACAAUUUUAUCGGGAUUGUACGAUCAGAGGCACCAUCGAUUUUGUUUUUGGGGAUGCUGCUGCUGUGUUCCAGAACUGCACUCUCGCGGUACGAAAGCCUAUGAAAGAACAACACUGCAUUGUGACAGCACAAGGCAGGACAGAUGCCCGCCAGCCAACGGGACUGGUCUUUCAAAACUGCAGCAUUGUGGCUGAUGAAUCUUAUAAUGAGGUCAAGGGGGAAGUCAAGACAUAUCUUGGUCGUCCAUGGAAACAGUAUUCAAGAACUAUCAUAAUGGAAUCUAAUAUAGAUGAUCUGAUUCAGCCAGAAGGAUGGUUAGAAUGGAACAAAACAUUCGCUUUUGAGACACUAUUCUAUACUGAAUUCAACAAUAAAGGGUCAGGAUCAUCCAAAACAGAUCGUGUAAGAUGGUCAGGUGUUAAGGAACUUCCUAUCGAACGUGUUCAACGAUUCACAACAUCAAGUUUCAUAGAUGCCGAUUUGUGGAUACCAUCUACUGGUGUCCCUUAUACCUCAGGAUUUUUCUUAUCGCCACCACAAUCUGAUUCUUCCAUCGUAUACUCCCCAGUGGAUGACCAAGAAUACAAAGACAUCGCCAGUGAGGAUGGAGUUGCAGCUCCCGCAGAAUCCCCGACCGAAUCUUCCGCAGAUGCUCCAUCGACAGAAUCUGUAGCAGACGCCCCGGAGUCAAAAUCGUCAGAGGAAUCUCCGUCAGAAUCCCCAGCGGAAUCUCAGUCACAGUCCCCGGCAGAAUCUCCGUCAACAUCUCCACCAGAAUCUCCGGCAGCAGAUACAGAUGAAUAUAAGGCGACAGCACAAGCACCAAGCUCAGCGGAAUCUCCGAGCGGACAAAUUUGGCUGCAGGGUAGUGGGAGUGACGGCAGCUCCUAACAAGAAAUUAGGUGUUUGGGGACUAAUUGGUUUAUAAGCUUUUGAUGAGAAUAAUCAUGUGCUUCUUUGAUUGGAAUUCCUUCAUUAUCAGCUUUCAUUCAAAUCCUUUCCCAUCAACAAUUUUUGCUACUAUUUGGAGAUAUAAC